CAACAUUCUUGCUAGCCGGAUGAUUGGGGACCUUGCGUUUUCCCGCAGCCCUUCCCAAUUGGACCUUAACAGCUCAAUUCCGUCAAUCGUUGCCGACGACGACGACACUUCGCUCCAUUCGACCCGAGCCGACUCCUUCUUGUAUCGAAUCCGAAAUCGCGCGAAAGCCGCGAUUACCCCUCUGCCAAAAUGAGCUUUGUCACUCGCCGGGCGCUUUCGACCCUCAUCCCCCCCAAGGUCGCUUCCCCCAAGGCCAUUGGUGCCAACCCCGAUGCCGUCCGCAUGCAGCGUGUCGUCAACUUCUACUCCAAACUUCCCCGUGGCUCCGCCCCUGAGGUCAAGCCCACCGGUCUCCUCGGAAGAUACCAGGCCAAGUACUUUGGCAAGAACCCCAGUGCUGCGCCCAUCGUCCACGCCAUUCUCCUGGUCCUGAUCACUGGUUACGCCCAGAACUACUACUUCCACCUUCGUCACCACAAGAACAAUGCCCACUAAGCUACUCAGCCAGUGUUGUGGAAUAUGACAUUCCGCUUGGAGUUGACUCGGGCGUGUAUAUAACCUGUUACCGAAUAGAGUGAAGUGCCUACGAGACACUUAGCAACAGAGUUGUUUCUUUUGUGAUGUCUCUGCUAGCUGCCUGGGAUGGCGCUCUACCAAGUGGCCAGUGGUGCAGCCUACGGUCACUGUAACCCGAUUUCAAUGGAGAUGAGGGUCGGAUAUUCCCAGCUAGGCUCAGAGCCCUUGCGCGAACUUGCUGUUCUACAUAAAGUCCAGUCCGCUCGCUAGCAAGCAAUUGGGAGGAUGCGCGAAACACCACCUGUACAAUCAAGAGGCCGAAUAUCUUCAGUCCUAGUGAUGUAGUUCUCUAAUUUCCCAUGAGCAAGUUUGGCA